AUGGCGGGGAGGAAUACAGCAUGGGCGAGUCUGGUGGGGGAAAGAACGGUGGGGGGGGAGGCGGUGCUGGGGGAGGCGAGGGUUGGGGGGGAGGCACUGGGGGUGCGUGGGGUUGGGGGACAGGUGGAGCUGGGGACGGUGUUGUCUGAUGCAGGGGUUGCUGUUGAUGCUGUCAGCGGCGGGUUCAAUGACGUGGUGGUGUGGAAUGCGCUGGCGGAUGCGUGGAGCCGAAGCGGGGAUGCAGUGCGGUCUGAAGCGGUGCUGUCACGCAUGCUGCACGCCCGCUGCCGGCCCAACCUCCGGAGCUACAACAUUGUUCUCAACGCCUAUGCCAAGAGCAUCACACCUGUGACUGGCCAUGGUGAUGAGUACGGCAAUGCUGGGAGGGACAAGGAUCAUACAGACGAGCAAGUUGCGCCCCCAUGCCCAUCCAUGCCGCCUCGCCUCAGCCCUUCUGAAACCAUCCAUCGCAUGCGCCAGCUCAUCGCCUCCAUGUCCAGACAAGAGUUUCCGCCCACGUCCAGUAAUGCUGUUCGGCGCACAUCUGGACAGGAAACCGCCGCCCGUCCGUCAAAGAGCAGGAGCAGCUCUGAUGCCAAAGAGCGCACAUCUGUAACUCUUUGUACUGUCACUUCUGGUGAUGUCACUCCCGAGAAUGUCACUUCUGAUACUGUUACGCCUGAUAUAGUCACGUUCAACACGUUGCUGGAUGCAUGUGCCCGGUCUGCGGACGCUGAUGCUGCAGUGGACACGUGGCACCAGAUGAUUGGUGCUGGCAUCACUCCCACAGAGGCCUCCAUUUCCUCCCUCACAGCUGCUUUCCGCCUGGCCCCUUCCCUGCCUCUCGACCCGCUCUCAUCCCUGGCGCCCACUUCCCUCCCUCCACGUCAGCCAGCCAAUCAGACACCGACAGCCAACAGCCAGAUACAAGACCCAGACCCUCACCCGUCCCUUCCCUCUAUUACCCUCCCGGGCUCAACACCCCUCUCCCACUCUCUUCCACCCUCACCCGUUCUGAGUCGACCGAAAAAUAAGGAUUCUCGCCCGCCCCUCUUCUCUUCAACCAUCCCUCCUUGCUCACCCUUACUCCCUCUCUCACCUCCUACUGCGCCUAUAAGCUCUUCCUGUCUUCCCCCGGCCAGCUCUGCUGCUACAGAACCCAGCCUGUUUUCUAGGCUCGGCCCGUGGCUGGAGCAGUGGUUUGGGGAGCCAGCAGCCACAGCACCAGCACAGGCACCUUUGGGGACUAAGGGGAAGGGGGGUUGUGGGGGUGAGGUGUCAAGAUAUGAGGGAGGCGAGAUGGGGGGUGAGUUGGGGAGGACAGGAGGAGGAGGUGGUGAUGGUGGAGGGGGGAGGGGCGAGAUGGGAGUGAGACGGAGAGUGUGGGAGGGCACGAGCAUGGGGGAGAGGGCACGGGAGAGGAGCGAGGGUUUGGGGGAGAGGGCAUGGGAGGGGGGCGAGGGCAUGGGGGUGAUUACACUAGAUCUGCACGGCUUGUCCGCCAUGCAGAGUAGACUCCGCCUCAUGGAUGCCCUCCUCCCUCCCUCACUCCCUCCCUCACUCCCUCCCUCACUCCCUCCCUCACUCCCUCCCUCACUCCCUCCCUCACUCCCUCCCUCACUCCCCCACUCGCACCUGCACUCACACCCUCAUUCGCCUUCUCCUUCACUCACUCGUUGGUCUCCCUCGGUGUCUGCACCAGGUGGAGAGAGUGUAGGGAUACGCCUCUCCUCUCUAGCUCGUUUCACAGUAAUGGAACCACCUCAGAAGCAGCCUGCCCCAGGUGCACCUCAGAAGCAGCCUGCCCCAGGUGCACCUCAGAAGCAGCCAGUUGUGCAUCGAUCCACCCUGCCAGCUGCAGUGGCGGCAGCAUCAGCAGCAGCAGUGGCUCGGGGUGGUGGUGACACUCCAACAGUGCAUGGCAAGGGGCUGGUCAUUAUCACAGGAGCUGGCAGAGGGCGCUCUUUUGUGAGAGAGGCUGUUAUCCAGCAGUUAUCAGGCCUCAGGUUGCCGUUUGAGGCCCAUCGCAGCACAAUCACUCUGCUUCCAGAGACCCUCUCAGCCUUCCGAGCAAAGAAUCAGGAGAGGCAGCACGUGAACGCCUGGAUGUGCCUAGCAAUAGGUAGGUAUGGCUCUGUGGUGGCCGGCAUUGGAGCCUUGUUUACCGUUCCGUUGCUGAUUCAGCACUACUCUCGUGCCAGUAGGUGA